AUGGAUUUCAGUCAAUUUGCUACUCCAACUCCUGAAUGGCUCGAGUAUGCUCGAACGCAUCCCCCACCAUCAUCGGCCGCACCAUCCAUAUCGCCACAUGACAAUGAGUCUUUGACAAAGCUGCGCAAUGCCUCAAAUCUCGAUCGUUCCAAAUGGUCGGCUCAAAAGCUCAUCGAGCAUGAUCUAGUGGGACAAUUCAUUACUCGUGAUCAUUUGGUCCCAACCCAGGAUGGCAACUCUAUUCCACUGCGAUUUUACUACCCCAAGUCAAAGUUUUCACAGUCGUCAAAUGAAGACGGUGGACCAGUGAGCGGGGCUUGUUGCUCAGCUUUCAUCCACAUUCACGGCGGCGGGUUCCUCAACGGCUCGCUCGACACAGAGACCUACAUCUGCGCGGCUAUUGCAGUCAAGCUGGGCAUCGUCGUCGCGCACCCGGAGUACCGCCAUACGAAUGAUGUUUCCUUCCCAGUGCCACACGACGAUGUCUGGGAUGCAUUCCAGUGGAUUCACAGCCACUGCUCAGAUAUUGGCAUAGACCCUUCGAACAUGGUGGUUGGGGGACAAUCUGCGGGCAGCGGAAUGGCAGCAUCGCUGGUGCAACGUGAAGUAAAUGGAGCACGCCAGGAGGGCAGGUCAUCACGGAUCAAGGGACAGGUGCUGACGAUCCCGUGGCUGGCCCACCCACUUGCCUUUGACAAGUCCCGGUUUCUCGACGAGUCUGUCAUGUCUACCACACAGUGCGCCAACGCUGUCGGGCUGUCCACUGAGAAGCUGAGGUGGUUUGCCAGUCUUCUCGGGGCCGAAGAUGUUUUCUCGGAGAAAUUGAACCCUGGCUUGAAACAGGGCUCUGCUCUAGAGGGUAUUCCAAAAGCAGCAUUUCUCGUAGCUGGCGGAGAUCCGCUGAGAGACCAAGGACUGCUAUAUGCGAAGAACCUGGAGGAUGCUGGGUGA